UUCUCCAUCCACCCUUUCUCCCUCUCUCUCAUUCUCUUUCUCGCGUCCUCUCAUUUAUCUACUCGCUCGUGUAUAGAAAGGCGCGUCACGCGUCGAUAGAGUAACGAUACGUUCUCGUGGGCAAGCUACUACGAAGAUAGAUCGUUGGUGUGACUCAUUCGUGUUUCUUCUUCUUCUUCUUAUUAUUAUUAUUUUUAUUCUUAUUCUUCUUUCUUUCUUUCUCAAUAUCAAAGCGAAUCCCUGUCUUUUUCUUCGAUCUUUCUUCGAGCAAUCGUGCCUCGUCGCCGCUCGCGUCGUCUCACGCGUACGCGUACGCGUGCGCGCGGCCGCGCGCGUAACUUUCGCAUCGACAGAACGAAAGAUACAAACGACGAGAGGAUGGCCGCGAAAACUAGUAACGAUCUUGUUGACUAUCUCGGAGAAUAUAGACGAUACUUCGAGGAGUUCGUUAAAAAAAUUAAUCCGGAGGAUCAAUUGCCUAUGAAGGUUAAUGCUUACAGUAUCACCGAAACGGAACUCAUUGGUGAGAUCAUCUACUUGACGCUGCAAUACAUCAAACAACCACGUUGUCCACGUAAUUUACAAGGAUAUCUCGUUCGUCUUGUAUUGCAAGAAAUAAAAGAAUUAUGCGAGAAACAACCGGAAGAAUGUGGGUUCAAAUUAGAAACAAAAUCAUACGCUCCGCUCAAACUUAUGCAAGCAGUUACGAGUAAAGUAAAUGAAAUAUUUACUCGCUAUUUAGACAAUAGUAGAUUAGCAAUGUUACCCCCACCUUCUUCGAAAUUGCCACCUUUGGCAAGAAGUGCCGCACUGAAGAAUGGCAAAAGAAAAAUGGAGGAUAGACACGUAGAGAUUUACGACCUACAUACCAUUUGUAAUGUACAGAAUGACUCCUUAGCAAGUUACUUCGCAGUAUUUGAUGGACAUGGAGGAGAAGAUGCAGCGGUCUAUUGUGCUACACACCUACAUCAGUAUUUAGCAGAGAGUAUAUAUUAUCCUACAGAUCCAGAGCGUGCCUUAUGUGACGCUUUUCACACUACUGAUACAAGAUUUAUCGAAAAAGAGAGAACGCAAAAAGUAAUUGGAGGUACGACUGCAGUCUGUGUAUUAUUAUUGGAUAAAAAAUUAUAUAUUGCUUGGGUAGGAGAUUCUUUGGCUAUGCUAGUGAAACGUGGCAAAGUGGAAGAACUAGUAUACCCUCAUAGACUAUCUCGAUACGAUGAAUCCGAGAGGAUACAACAAAUGGGUGGGAUGCUGGCGUUUAAUCAAGGCACAGUACGAGUUAACGGAGUUUUGGCUGUAUCUCGUGCUAUUGGAGAUGUACAGUACAAACCCUAUGUAACUAGUACUCCGGAUACACGUUGCAUUUCUUUAGACGGUACCGAGGAUUUUCUUAUAAUUGCUACCGAUGGAGUCUGGGACUUUGUCAACACGUACGACGCUGCUAUGAUCGUUUACGUCGCGAUACGAGAAUAUCCUGACGAUCCAAAUUACGCCGUAACGAGCUUGAUAAAAGCAGCCAAACACGCUGGCUCUUUGGACAACAUUACAGCGAUCGUGGUCUUCUUAACGGCACCAAGUGAUAUAGUAGCGAGGUCGAGCGACGCCAAUUCUGUUCUCGUCGUGAAAUCGAUGAAAAACAUGGCCGUGAACAAUCCAUACGUACAGAAGGAUCUCAGCGAUGGCAUGUUCUUCAAGCAGAUGAAGCAAUACCAACAGCAACAUCAGCAACCUUACGACAACGAUCAAGAAGAGAGGCACGCUAAUGGAUCGGAAGAAACGGCGAUGGACGACGGUGGUUUUCACGAUGAGAUAACCGGUGGUGGUGCUGACGGAAAACACGAAGAGAAUGAUGCCGCGGAUUAUAUUUACGAGGAUCUUGGACCUGAGACAGACGUCGAUGCUGUCGAUGACGUGGACAACGCGGACAACCUGGACAAUUUGGACAAUGUUCAUGAAAACCCAUUACUCGACAAUGUUCCUGCUAUUGCUGCCGAUCUCUCGGAUGGAAUAUUUCUAGAGGGAAAAAAUAUGCCUAAGUGUGAUGAGAACAAUUUCCAAGAAGAGAAUGCAGCCCUCAACGAAACCCUCGAAACAACCCUCGACGACGACGACUCGCCGGCCAACAACGACAUAAAAGCUCUUCAGCAUGCACUGUUACUCGAGGCGGAUAACGUAGCGGAUAGCGAGGAUUCCGAGGACGAGUGGAAUUACUAUCGUGUUGGGCCAAACAAAGAGAAAGAUACAGUUGCGUCUUCCGAAGAGCUCCACGAAAUAAAGAACGACAACGAAAUUAAGAACGUUGAACAUCUUGACGAGGAUAACAACGUGGAGGAACCACCUCGGUCUCCAACGUCCGAGCAUAACUUUAGCAGCGAAUGUGAGAGUCAAAAAGGAGAGGAAAUAUUACCUGAGCUUAUUAACACUGAUAUUAGCGUCGAAGAAAAAAGAGAAAUUGACUCUGCAUUCGUAAAGCUAGAAAAAGAAGAAGAGGAAGAACAAAAGGAAGUUGAGAAGGGAGAAGCAGAGGAAGAA